UCUUAUAUUUCCAUUAAGACUCCUUUUUCUUCUUCUUCUUCAUCAUCAUCUUCCUUAACAGCAACAUCCAUGGAAGCAUCCUCAGUUCUCUUUUAUCUGCUCCUGAUCUUGAUCCCUCUUCUUCCUUCGGCAGCAUCAAACAGUUGCCCUGUUUCCCACUGCGGUCAAUUUUUCACCAAUGUCCGAUUCCCCUUCCGUUUGAUCGACACACAACCCCAAAGAUGUGGUUUUCCGGGCUUUGAUCUACGUUGCAUCAGUCCACGUCUGGUGCUCAUCAACCUACCGAGCUCUGGUGAGUUUGGCGUCAGGGCUAUUGAUUACCGUUCUCAAAGAAUGCAGAUUUAUGAUCCUUCGAAUUGCUUUCCUGCUAGGCUUUUGAAUUUCGAUCUCUCUGGUUCCCCUUUUGCGGCUUCUUACUUUCAGAACUACACCCUUUUGAGCUGUCCGAAUGAUGCGAGUUUGGCUCGUUAUACCCGUGUUUCGUGCCUCAGUAAUUCGUCAUUUUUGACUAUUGCUACUGCUUCAAUGAGUUUUGUGGCGUUAAUGACCAGUAAUCAGACGGGUUGUCAGAUCACCGGGAAUUUAAGGAUGCCAGUGGCAGAGCCACCGGAUCAGAAUGAGCUUUCUUCAAACGUUGAGGAAGAUAUAACUCUGACAUGGAGUAAACCUGAUUGUGAAAUUUGUGAAGCAGAAUAUGUUUCUUGUGGUUAUGCAAAUAGUACCACACAAUCGACAAAAUGUUUCUUCAACGGUGGUAUACCAAAAGGGUCUCAGGUGUUCAGAAUCAUAGCAUUUGCCAUGGCGAUACCGGCAAUGGCUGCCUCCCUUGCGAUUGCAUGUUUCAUGUGUACCAAGGAUAGAAGAAAUGAACUCAUCAGCAACCGCAGACGCACUGUCUUUAAUGCCCCGACAAUGGUGUUUCCUGAUGCGGUGGUUACACCACCGAACGUGAUUGGUCUUGACCAAGCAACCAUCGAGUCGUACACGAAGGUGGUUCUUGGCGAAAGCAAGCGGCUUCCGGGACACGAUGACGGAGUGUGUCCAAUAUGCUUAUCAGAGUACCAUGUGAAGGAGACGGUGAGGUGUAUACCCGAGUGUCGGCAUUGCUUCCACUCGGAAUGUAUCGACGAGUGGCUUAAGAUGAACGGGUCGUGUCCAAUUUGCCGGAACUCGCCUUCUCCGGUUCAUGUGGCGGAAUCGUAGAGCUUAAUGAUUUAUUAUUGUUGUGA